AUGGCCACAGGUGUAUAAAAUCAAGCCCCUAGGCAUGCAGACUGCUUCUACAAACAUUUGUGAAAGAAUGGGUCGCUCUCAGGAGCUCAGUGAAUUCAGGCCUGGUACCGUGAUAGGUGGCCACCUGUGCAAUAAGUCCAUUCAUGACAUUUUGCUUGCUACUAAAUAUUCCACCUUCAACUGUUAGUGGUAUUAUAACAAAGUGGAAGCAACUGGGAAUAACAGCAACUUGGCCAUGAAGUGGUAGGCCAGGUAAAAUGACAGAGCGGGGUCAGCGCAUGCUGAAGCACACAGAGUGCAGAAGUCGCCAACUGUCUGCAGAGUCAAUAGCUAAAGACCUCCAAACUUUUGGCCUUCAGAUUAGCACAACAACAGUGCAUAGAGAGCUUCAUAGAAUGGGUUUCCAUGGCCGGGUAGCUGCAUCCAAG